AGAUCGGCCAUUUCCUAUGCUCAACAGCUCAUAUUAUUUUCACAGAAUCUUGGAGAGAGAGAGAGAGAAAGAAAGAUGAAAGGCAAGGGUUCGUUUGCGAUCAUCGUAACAGUCUUGGCGACACAAUGUCUGUCUUUUCUUUGUGCUGCCGACGACUUCGAUUUCUUCUAUUUCGUUCAGCAAUGGCCGGGGUCGUACUGCGAUACGAACCGCAAAUGUUGCUACCCAAAAACUGGAAAGCCGGCGGCGGAUUUCAGCAUCCAUGGACUGUGGCCUAACUUCAAUGAUGGAUCUUACCCUUCUAAUUGUAACCCUGAGAAUGCUUUCGAAAAAUCUGAGAUUUCCGAUCUGAUCGGCAGCUUGGAGAAGAACUGGCCAUCACUGUCAUGCCCGAGCAGUGACGACACCAAGUUCUGGACACACGAAUGGGAGAAGCACGGGACUUGCUCCGAGUCCGAACUCGACCAACACGAGUAUUUCGAAGCAGCCCUCAAGCUCAAGCAGAAAGUGAACCUCCUCCAAAGCCUCGAGAACGCGGGAAUCAAGCCGAACAACGAGUUUUACAGCAUAGAGAGCGUGAAAGAAGCGAUCAAGGAUUCCAUCGGGUUCGAACCCGGAAUGGAAUGCAACGUGGAUUCAUCAGGCAACAGCCAGAUUUAUCAGAUAUACGUUUGCGUGGACACUUCCGGCGCGGAGAUCAUCGAAUGUCCCGUCUUGCCGAGGGGCAGAUGUGCUUCCAAGGUCCAGUUUCCCUCCUUUUAACCAGGGCAUCGAUGGACCGAUCUGUAGCCAAACUCAAUAAUUUGUCCAUCCAUC